AUGGCUUCGCACCCAUUAGCCGGCCUUCUCGGAAAAUUGAACCACGUGGCAAUUGCCACUCCGGAUUUGAAGAAAUCCUCGGAUUUCUACAAGAAUCUUGGUGCCAAAGUUUCCGAAGCUGUGCCCCAAAAAGAGCACGGCGUCUACACUGUGUUCGUCGAACUACCAAACUCUAAAAUCGAAUUGUUGCAUCCAUUCGGCGAGAAAUCUCCGAUUCAAGCAUUUCUGAACAAGAAUAAAGACGGUGGAAUGCAUCACAUUUGCAUUGAAGUUCGUGAUAUAAAUGAGGCUGUUUCUGCUGUCAAAGACAAAGGAAUUCGUACUUUGGGAGAGAAACCAAAGAUUGGAGCUCACGGAAAACCAGUCAUGUUCUUGCAUCCAAAGGAUUGUGGAGGUGUUCUCUUCGAAUUGGAACAGGAGUAA